GAGAAAUGAGAAGCCGGCACAAGGAGCUGAGAGUUGAGAAGUCUCGGUGAAACGGUGAACAUGGCAAGCAUGGCUUUACAGCUCCUGGGGUUCUCUGUGGCCCUUAUUGGUUUCAUCGGGACCGUUGUUGCAACGGUGUUGCCCCACUGGUGGAGGACGGCUCACGUUGGCACCAAUAUCAUCACUGCUGUGGCAUACAUGAAGGGUCUGUGGAUGGAGUGUGUGUGGCACAGUACUGGUAUCUACCAAUGUCAGGUCCACCAGUCCCAGUUGGCACUUCCAAGAGAUCUUCAGGUAGCACGAGCCAUGAUGGUGGCAUCUUGUGUUCUGUCGGUUCUUGCUUCAGUCGUAUCAGUCUUUGGCAUGAAGUGCACCCAAUGUGCCAAGGGAUCCUCAUCCAAGAGGGUGAUAGCUGCUUUUGGAGGGGUCUUCUCAGCACUGGCCGGCCUCAUGUGCUUGAUUCCAGUUGCGUGGUCAACUAAUGAUGUGGUUCAAGACUUUUACAACCCAGGACUACCUUAUGGAAUGAAGUAUGAGAUUGGGCAGGCUCUUUACAUUGGCUUCAUCUCAGGAGGGCUAUCAGUCAUCGGAGGUAUCAUGAUACUUUCCACAUCAUGUCAAAAGGACAGCACUCCUCUACCCUACACUCCUCAGAGACGCUACCCAAGAAAAACUCCAACGAGCAGAUCUCAGCCGGUCAACAAAAGCAACCAUGUACCGUCAUGGUCAUCUGCUUCUCACCAUGGUUAUCACCUUAAUGACUUUGUAUAAAGACACAGCUAUUUAAGAAUUUCCCAUGGUUCCAAAAUAAGUUAUUUAUGCCAGUGUUUUCCUAAUUUCAAUGUUUACUUUGCAGAAGGAAGUAAAACCCAGUUGUGCCAUUUGGGCUCCAGACUAGAUCAAUAUAUUGUCUGCCAACUCUCAAUGCCCAAUCAUUUGACAUCUGAAAUAGAAUUUUCAUUACUGCUAUUUUAUUGUGGUCACUUUGAGGUGUUACUGUAAAUUUGGUGGCUUUAAAGGGCACAACAUGGAAUGGAGAACCAGACGGACCAUCUCGGGUCCCUAUGUACAGUAAAGUGGACCCUGUUUUAUUGCAUCUCAGCCUGAGUAUGUGCGGUGAGAUCGUAUAAACUUCAGUUGCUGUUUUUAUUAACUGUCGGGGGGGGCAAUAGUGUAAUAUUUUGUACAGGGGGGCAAUUUCCCCCGGAUAAAUGAUCAUUUUUCUUGUAUUCCAAGUAAAUGUUAAUGUAAUAUACACCAGAUCAAAUGUAAUGUAUAUACGAAAAAAAGGCUAUAUGGAAUAAAAGAAAGAUGCGUUAUUAAGAAA